UUAAAAUGACUGCGGGGCUACACACAGCAUUUGACAUGUAAAGUUUUAAGGUGUCUCUCUGAAAGCCGAACGUGCUUGAGUCUGGGCUGUUUGACAGGAUGAACUGAACAACCUUUUAACUAAAGUCUCAGUAGAAGGAAAUGUUUUUUCCUGUUGCCCGAAAACAUUUACAGCCGUGUGUACAUCGACCUGCGAUCAACAUUAGACACUCAUUCUACACUCAUUCAUUCCUGCAGGCUGGAGGAGUAAAUCAGUAGAUUUUCAGAGUGAUUUUGCCAGUGUUUCUGAGUUAAAACAACUCCCCAUCUUCAUUUUUCUUCCAAUUCAACAUUUUUCAGUUGUUAUUUUGCCAAAAUACAUCAUCAGCAUGGAAAAUUCACGUACAAACCGAAAGAAAAGUAAGAAGACCAACCGUGAUGGACUUUCUCGCAAAGGUUCACAUGAAUCAUGUCACUCAUCACAGGAAGGUCAACAUGAUCAAUGGGAGACACAAACCAAAAAGUGGAAACCUGAUUUCCUUUGCUACAGAGGACUGAGGAAUCAGGGAGCCACGUGUUAUCUAAACUCAGUGCUUCAAACACUCUUCAUGACGGAGGAGUUCAGAAAAGCUGUCGUAGAGUUAAAAUUAAGCAAUGGGAAGGAGAACUGUGUUUCUAAAGCUCUUCAAAACUUAUUCCAUGAUUUAGAACCUGGACAGCCGGGAAGUGCCGCUACAAAUCGGGUCACAAGUGCCCUGGAAAUAAGAAAUGUUUGCGAGCAGCAGGACGCAGCAGAAUAUUAUCAGAAGAUUCUGAGUUUGACUGGAAAUAAAGCUGCCGAGAUAUUCCAGGGAGAGAAGAAGCACUCAACUGCAUGUAAAUAUGGGAGCCAUGACUCUGUUGAGGAAUUGAAUUCAUUUUUUUCUUUGGCCAUUGCUAUGGACUCUGAUCAGCAUUUAAUAAAUAUAAAAAAGAGUUUUGGUACGCUGUUUGAUUCAGUGCUGAUGGAGGGAGAGGAUCAGCUUUACUGUGAAACAUGCCAAAUUAUGACGGACAUGGAAAUGAAAUGCACCAUUCUUAAGUGGCCAGAAGUCCUGACUCUACAUUUGCAGAGGUUUAACUUGGAUUACAGCUACAUGGUUUACAGGAAAAACAACUGUCCUGUUAAAAUCCCUCUCCAGCUAAAAGUGCAGGAUGAGAGUGGUGUUGAUUAUCAGUAUGAUCUCUAUGCUGUGGUCAAUCAUUCUGGUUCUCUCAGCGGUGGACAUUAUUAUGCUGAUAUAAAGUCAUCUGAGGACCAGCAGUGGUAUGAGUUUAAUGACUCCAGUGUGCACAGGAUUGAUUCUUUACGUGAUAACAGACAAUCGAAAAAGGCAUGUUUGCUUUUUUUCAGAAAAUGUCAGACAAAAGCUAUAAAACAAGACGCAUGUGAAUCAAACAUUCAACAAGACCAGGAUGCUGUGAAGGGCAGAGAAUCAGGAGAAUUGUCAGUUUCUCAGACUAACACCAACAUUCAGAAUAAGAUGAAUCCUGAACACACUGUGCCACAGCAGGACCCUGAUCAUAUAAACAUAGAAAACCAACAUCCUACAGAAUCAACAGCGAAAGCUGAAAUCAACUCAGAUGAUGAGACUACUGAGAAUCAAGCAACACCAAGCAUUCAUUCUGGAGCAGCAGAAGGCAAUAUCCAGUCGACUGAGACACAUCACCCUGAUUUCAGCAGGCAUCUGAUUAUAGACAAACAGCAGCCUUCACAAAGACAAGGUAUAGCUUUGUGGAUAAAUAAGUGUAAUGUUCAGUAUUAUGAUAACCAAUGUGCUGUGUUGUGCUGAUGUACAGCAGUGAAUAUCUUUAGUGCUGUUGUGAUUC